AUGUGUGACGACGAUGUUGCCGCCCUCGUGAUCGACAAUGGAAGUGGCAUGUGCAAGGCCGGGUUCGCCGGUGACGAUGCCCCUCGAGCCGUCUUCCCCUCCAUCGUCGGACGCCCUCGUCACCAGGGUGUCAUGGUUGGCAUGGGCCAGAAGGACUCGUAUGUC